AUUUCCAUGGUGUUCAGAUCGCCUUUAGAGCUUUAUCCCUCUCAUUUCUUCCUGCCAAACUUUGCUGAUCGCCCUUUGCUCUUGGCGAGGAGUGCGCCCAGCACCAGGUCUCCCGAAGACUUGUCAAUGUUUCAGCUACCGACCCUAAACUUCUCUCCGGAGCAAGUGGCCAGCGUCUGCGAGACGCUGGAGGAGACCGGGGACAUAGAGCGUCUGGGUCGCUUCCUAUGGUCGCUUCCAGUGGCACCGGGUGCUUGCGAGGCGAUCAACAAGCAUGAAUCCAUCCUACGUGCCCGGGCUGUGGUUGCCUUUCACACGGGCAAUUUUCGUGAUCUCUAUCACAUUCUGGAGAACCACAAAUUUACCAAGGACUCGCAUGGUAAACUACAAGCGAUGUGGCUUGAAGCUCACUAUCAGGAGGCCGAGAAAUUACGCGGGCGUCCCCUAGGACCGGUUGAUAAGUACAGGGUGCGAAAGAAGUUUCCCCUGCCUAGAACCAUCUGGGACGGUGAGCAGAAGACGCAUUGUUUCAAAGAGCGGACGCGAGGUCUGUUACGGGAGUGGUACCUUCAGGACCCCUACCCAAACCCCAGCAAGAAAAGGGAACUGGCUCAAGCCACUGGACUCACUCCUACACAGGUCGGAAAUUGGUUUAAAAACCGGAGACAACGAGACAGGGCAGCGGCAGCAAAAAACAGGCUCCAGCAUCAAGCAAUAGGGCAGAAUGGCAUGCGGUCCCUUUCAGAAUCCGGCGGCACCCCACGCAGUUCGGCGGAGUCGCCAUCAACUGCAGCUAGUCCAACGACCAGUGUCUCGAGUAUGACAGAGCGAGUCGACACGGGCACGUCAAUUCUUUCAGUAACAUCAAGUGACUCGGAAUGCGACGUAUGAUACGCAAAAGAGAAAUAUAUACAGGAAAAAGGACCUGAAUAAACUUUAUUAAUUAUCGGGGAAGAUGAAAAAGGACCAAUUGAUAUUACUAUUAUAAAAAGAAAAACAUAAAAGCACGUCUUUUUUCAAGCGCUUUCAAUGGACCCCACACCUUUCCCCACCCCAUCACUUGCAUGAUUAUAUAUAUCUAAAUAUAUAUUUUUUUUUCUUUUUUGUAUAUGGGGAAAUGCCCCACGUUUAUGUCUACCAGGACCACCGUGAAGAGGGAAUUACCAGGAACCGGUGUCCAUCGCCUUU